AUGAUGGAAGGAGAAACUAUCUUCGUUCAAACGGACCCAGCGUUUAAUGCAGUCCUUCUCGCCCUCGAGGAGUUAAGAGACCAAAAUCGAUUGCACGUGACACACUGUCAAACAGCCUAUAUUAAAGAUAUAGAAAGUAACGAUGAACAAGAAGAUCACAGGUUGAGGUUUGGUGGUCAAAAUGCACCCAACAUGGCCUGCGAGAGUUUUGGUCGAACGGCAUCAGCAAUCGUACGUAUGUGCAUGCUGAAAGCGGCAGGUAUUAAUAGAGCUUGGUGGCCGCAAAUCGGGCCCAGAUCGAAUACUAGGAACCAGGCCAAGCUGCAAUUUGAGGUGUUGAUACACCCGCUUUUCAGUCUCGCAAAUGACCGGCGGACAGCGAGACACUACUGGUGGAAAUAUGAUCAACUCUACCCACAUUUUCGAAUACAAGAUACAUUGGAAAACUUAAACAUCAAUGAUGAAGGUAGUAUGCAAAGUAUGAUGCUUAUUUUCCGCAACAACUGGACGGAGAUGAUUGAGAUAACCACCACAUUUAAAGGCUACGCCGAUGGAACAGCAUCAGUUCAAUAG